AUGCUUUUCGCUACACACAAGAUAAAAUUUUUAACACAACUAUUUAUUGAAAUUUGUGAAAAUCGUUCAUGUCCUGGACGUGCUGUACAAUAUGGUUCAAAUCCACCAAGCAUGAAGAAACCAUAUAAUCAUGAUGCCGAUGAAAUGAAAUGUAAAGUGGAAGAAUUUACAAUGAAUUUAAAACGACGUAUUGAAGAUUCACCACAACCAGUGAAGAAAAUUUAUAGAGAAGAAUUAAGAGAGGGUCCAUGA